AUGUCCGAGCUACGAUUUGAUAACCAGACGGUCGUCGUGACCGGUGCCGGUGGAGGUUUGGGAAAGGCAUAUGCUCUCUUCUUCGCCUCAAGGGGUGCCAACGUCGUCGUCAACGACCUCGGUGGUUCUCACAAGGGUGAGGGAAAGUCAGGAAAGGCCGCAGAUGAUGUCGUCGAGGAAAUCCGUGCCGCCGGCGGCAAGGCUGUUGCCAACUACGACAGCGUCGAGAACGGUGAAGCGAUUAUUGAGACCGCCAUCAAGGCUUUCGGCCGCAUCGAUAUCCUCCUGAAUAACGCCGGUAUCCUCCGCGAUAUCAGCUUUAAGAACAUGAAGGAUGCCGACUGGGAUCUGAUCAACAGAGUUCACACCUACGGUGCAUACAAGUGUGCUAGAGCCGCUUGGCCUCAUUUCCGCAAGCAAAAAUUCGGCCGCGUGAUCAACACGGCCUCAGCUGCGGGUCUCUUCGGUAGCUUCGGUCAAGCGAACUACUCCGCCGCUAAGCUUGGUCAGGUCGGCUUCACCGAAACCCUGGCCAAGGAAGGCGCCAAAUACAACAUUAUCGCCAACGUGAUUGCCCCUAUUGCCGCCAGCCGCAUGACCGCGACGGUGAUGCCCCCUGAUGUUCUGGAGAACCUGAAGCCCGACUGGGUUGUUCCCCUCGUGGCCGCCCUGGUGCACUCUUCCAACACCACCGAGACCGGUGGUAUCUACGAGGUCGGUGGUGGCCACGUUGCCAAGCUCCGUUGGGAGCGGGCCAAGGGUGGUCUUCUCAAGACUGAUGACUCCCUGACCCCUGGUGCCAUUGCCCGCAAGUGGAACGAUGUCAACGACUUCUCUAAGCCCGAGUACCCCACCGGGCCCGCAGACUUCAUGGCCUACUUGGAAGACGGCCUGAAGAUGCCCAGCGCCCCUGCCGGCGAGGAGCCUAACUUCAAGGGCCGUGUGGCUCUGGUCACUGGUGGUGGUGCCGGUCUGGGCCGUGCCUACUGUCUGCAGUUCGCCAAGCUUGGCGCUAAGGUCGUGGUCAACGAUCUCGUUGACCCCGAGCCUGUGGUGAACGAGAUUAAGAAGCUCGGCGGUGAGGCCGUCGGCAACAAGGCCAACUGCGAGGACGGCGAUGCCGUCGUUAAGAGUGCCAUCGAUGCCUUCGGACGUAUUGAUAUCCUUGUUAACAACGCCGGUAUUCUCCGUGAUAAGGCUUUCACCAACAUGGAUGACAACCUCUGGAACUCCGUGAUCAAUGUCCACCUGCGUGGUACCUACAAGGUCACCAAGGCCGCCUGGCCCUACUUCCUCAAGCAGAAGUACGGCCGUGUGGUCAACACUGCCUCCACCAGUGGUAUCUACGGUAACUUCGGCCAGGCCAACUACGCCGCCGCCAAGCUUGGUAUCUUGGGUCUCUCCCGCACUCUCGCCAUGGAGGGCGCCAAGUACAACAUCAAGGUCAACACCAUCGCCCCCAACGCUGGUACCAACAUGACCCGUACCAUCAUGCCCGAGGAGAUGGUCCAGGCAUUCAAGCCUGACUACGUUGCUCCUCUGGUUGUCCUGCUGUGCUCUGACAUGGCUCCUGAGCCCUCCACCAAGGGCCUGUUCGAGUGUGGUAGCGGCUGGUUCGGCCGCACUCGCUGGCAGCGCACUGGCGGCCACGGCUUCCCCGUGGACGUCAAGCUGACUCCGGAGGAAGUUGUCCGCAACUGGAAGAAGAUCGUCAACUUCGACGACGGCCGUGCCGACCACCCCGAGGAUGGCCAGGCCGGUGCCGAGAAGAUCAUGGCCAACAUGUCCAAUCGUGUGCACGGCGAGCCCGCUGGCGAGAACGACAUCCUGAAGAACAUCGAGAACGCUAAGACCCUGACCACCGAGGGCACUGCCUUCAACUACGAGGACCGCGAUGUCAUUCUCUACAACCUCAGCUUGGGCGCCAAGCGCACCGACCUGCCCCUGGUUUACGAGAACAACGACCACUUCCAGGCCCUCCCCUCGUACGGUGUUGUUCCUUGGUUCAACACCGCUACUCCCUACAACUUGGACGAUAUCGUGAAGAACUUCUCCCCCAUGAUGCUGCUCCACGGCGAGCAAUACAUGGAGGUCCGCAAGUUCCCCAUCCCCACCACCGCCAACACCCUGACCUACCCCAAGCUCAUUGAUGUGGUGGACAAGGGUAACGCGGCCAUCGUCGUUGCCGGUUUCACCACCAAGGACGCCAAGACCGGUGAGGAUCUGUUCUACAACGAGUCCUCCGUCUUCAUCCGCGGCAGCGGUGGCUUCGGCGGCUCUCCCAAGCCCACUGCUCCCCGCGCCCCGGCCGCCACCGCCGCCAACAAGGCUCCCCAGCGUGCCCCCGACGCCGUGACCGAGGAGAAGACCUCCGAGGACCAAGCCGCCCUCUACCGUCUUAACGGCGACCGCAACCCUCUCCACAUCGACCCCGAUUUCAGCAAGGUCGGUGGCUUCAAGACCCCCAUUCUGCACGGCCUGUGCUCCCUCGGCGUUGCCGCCAAGCACGUCUUCGCCAAGUACGGCGCCUACAAGAACCUCAAGGUCCGCUUCUCGGGUGUCGUGCUCCCCGGCCAGACUCUCAAGACUGAGAUGUGGAAGGAGGGCAACAAGGUCCUGUUCCAGGCUACUGUUGUUGAGACUGGCAAGCCGGCCAUCACUGGCGCUGGUGCUGAGCUCCUGGAGGGCGCUAAGGCUAAGCUGUAA